AUGGGCCAUCAUACCUUGAUAGUUAUGGACAUAAAGAGCCUUCAUCUCAUCAUGUUCUUUAUUCCUCAAAUCGCUGCCAUGCUAGAGCUGAAAGGACUCCGGGGAGCUCCACUCAUGUGUAAAUCAGUCUUGACCAAGAAAUUGAAGCAAGAAGACGAACCAAGUACAUCGUUGGGAGUAUUAUCAACGAAAGGAAGAAAACGAGAUUCAUCUUCCACCAAGAAAGAGGAAGACAGUAAGACAUCGACACCUAGAAAGAAAAUCCCAGUUCCUCCUCUACCCCUUGAGCUCCCUCCCGUCAACUUGCUCCACAGAGACACUCUGCGAGCCUGGUGCCAAAAGUUGAAAGUCAGCAGCAAAGGACCGAAAUUAGAGGCUUAUAAGCGAAUUUGCCAGAAAGCUUAUCCAGAGCAGCAGAAGUAUUUGCAGAAUAUUCCUAGCACAGCAAAAGAGGCCAGGAUUAAGACCAUACGCCAAAAAACACAAAAUAUGGGUCAAGAAAACUCAUAUUCUGAGGGGACUUGUUCCUUUGAAGUUCAGCCUGUCCCUGAAGAGCAGUUGGCUAUCCUUCAAAACCCCCCAAAUUUCUACGAAGAGGUUAGUACCACUGUAGUGACCACACCUGCCCCGGAGUCAAUGCUGGCUUCCUGGUCCCGGAUUGCAUCCAAUGUCGGGAAUAUGGAGGAAGUGGAGACAGAGGCACCCAAAGAGACACCUGGGGACAGGUGGUGCGUGGUACAUGGACAAAGUAUGCCUGCAGAUACUGAUGGUUGGGUUCAGCUGCAGUUUCAUGCUGGCCAAGUCUGGGUGCCUGAGAAAAAAGGAAGAGUCAGUGCUCUCUUCCUGCUUCCUGCCUGCACCUUUCCACCCCCACAUCUGCAGGACAAUAUGCUGUGCCCCAAAUGUGUUCACAGGAACAAGGUGUUAAUUAAGAGCCUCCAGUGAGGUUUCAGAAUACCAG